AUGGUCUCUUUCUUUCUUUCUUUCUUUCGAACUAAAACGAAUAACGUCAUCGAUGACGUUAGGGAGUUGCUUGGACAUUUGACGCAAGCAAUCUGUCUUUUUCUCUUUAACUUUUCUCUUUCUUUUAAUUCAUUUUCUCUUUUACUUUCCUUGACUCUCUACGUCUUCUUUCUUUUUAUUUCUACACCCUUCUCUCUCUCUCUCUCUCUCUCUCUCUCUCUCUCUCUCUCUCUUUCUUUCUAUAUAAUUCUCCUACCCUUUGCUUAUAGUAUUCUAUCUCAAAAAGUUUCCUUUUACCUCAGCUACUUCGCUAACAUCAGCUUUCUAUUCCUUUAUAAUCGACCGUUUUUAGUUGUUGUUUUUUCUUUUUUGUUUUUUUUUCGUUCUUUGGUUUCCUUUUCUUGUAUCUCUUUCAUUAUUUUAUUUUAUUUACUUUUUUCUCUUUUUUUUUUUUUUUUUUUGGCCUUUCCUGCUUCUUACUUCUUGGCUUUUUUUUUUUCUCAUAUUUUAUGCGGUUGUUUUCUGUCAAAUAUUUUUUCAUUUAUUUUUGUCUUUUUACACAUCAGUUACGUUUCUUCUUUCUUCUCUUCAUCUUUCCUCUUUCUCUAUUUUUCUCUAUCUCUCUCUUUCUAUAUCUAUCUCUCUUCGGUUUUUUCUUCCUCCUCUUCUUCUGUUCCGCCUCCAUUUUCCUCUCCUCCUUAUUUUUAA